CUUCCUUUGAUCUUCCAUAAACAACAACCAAAGCAAUCUUUCGCUUCUUAAGAUCAUCACUUACGUAUAACCUUAAUUUUUCGUCUUCGUCAUGGAAACAACAAUGUCGGUUCAGCCUCAGCACCCAACAUACAGGAACUUGAUCACCAUUUUAAGCAUUGAUGGGGGUGGUAUCAGGGGGAUUAUUCCUGGAACUAUACUAGCUUUCCUUGAAUCACAACUGCAGGAGCUGGACGGUGAAGAAGCUAGACUUGCAGACUACUUUGACGUGAUUGCUGGAACAAGCACAGGUGGUCUUGUGACCGCCAUGUUAGCUGCUCCAAAUGAAAAUAAUCGACCUCUCUUUGAUGCCAAGGAUAUCACGCCCUUCUAUCUCCAACACGGUCCUCGGAUUUUCCCACAGAAGGGUGGCUUAUAUGGAAUCUUCAGAUCACUGAUAGGGCCCAAGUAUGACGGGAAAUACCUUCAUGGGGUUCUAAGGGAGAAAUUAGGAGAAACUCGGCUGCAUAGCACAUUGACCAAUAUUGUUAUUCCAACUUUUGAUAUCAAGAAUCUGCAGCCAACUGUUUUCACAUCCUAUGAGGCGAAGAAAAAUCACUCCUGUUUGAAUGCUCGACUAUCCGAUAUAUGCAUUGGUACUUCGGCAGCUCCAACAUACCUUCCUGCUCAUAACUUCAAGCACCAAAACGAUGGGGGAAAGGUUUCUGAAUUCAAUCUUAUAGAUGGAGGUGUUGCUGCAAAUAACCCGGCUUUAGUUGCCAUAAACCAAAUAACGAAAGAGAUCUUCGAUGCCAAUCCUGAAUUCUUCCCAAUAAAGCCCACAGACUAUGGUCGCUUUCUUGUAAUCUCAUUGGGCACUGGCUCAGGAAAGAUAGAGAAAAAAUACAGUGCUCAAAUGGCAGCAAAGUGGGGCCUUCUUGAUUGGCUAGUUCAUGGCGGUUCAGUUCCAAUAGUGGAUGUGUUUACUCAAGCAAGUGCAGAUAUGGUUGAUUUGCACCUAGCUGUGGUUUUCCAAGCCCUUCAUUCAGCACAGAAUUACCUCCGAAUUCAAGAUGACACCUUGACUGGGACAGCAGCUUCAGUUGAUGACUCUUCAAAAGAGAACUUGAACAAACUUGUAGAGAUAGGGGAGAAACUGUUGAAGAAACCAGUAUCAAGAGUGAAUUUGCAGACGGGUCAUUCAGAACCAGUCAAGAAUUGUGGCACAAAUGAGGAUGCUUUGAGAAUGUUUGCAAAAAAACUUUCUCAAGAAAAAAAGUGUCGUGAGGCCGGAAAAUCUACACACAUGGAGCACGUUGAUCCAGAUUACUAGU